AUGGAUUCCAACGGGUCUUUACGGCCCCUGGAUGAAUCCCCGCACCGCGAACUUCCCCAGCUCUCUCUACGUAUAGCGCCUCUACGGGAGCCGGUCUCAACUCGCACCCUCAGCGCCCCUUCACCAUUGGAGCCUAGAGCCAGCGGAACGCGGGAAUCGACUGCUAUAUCAAAGGGUCCAACAGGUGGUGGAACUGUCUCUGCCAAUCCCAAAGCGGGUCUUCCAACCGUCACCGAAUUCCUCAAUGCCGCGCGAACUAAAAACGUCGAACCUGCGGACCUCCAUUCGAAUGUGGAAUUACCGCCCCGGCCAAUUCUACCUGCAUUUGUUAACCUUCGUGCGCUGGAGCGCUUCCCAUUUGCAUCUUCCUUUGACGAUGACGCACUCCAUGGUCAGCGCAAGCGGCGGCGCUUAGACCUUCAGCCCGAAUCUUUUAGCGAACACCUACAACUUCCCAUCCCUCAAGCCCAGAAAGAGCAACGCCCUCCACCAUUUGGUCCCUUUGCUAUCUUGAAUGGCUUGAACGAGCCGCCGCCUAAUGCUGCUCUUCUCCCUCCCAUCGAAGCUGGCUCUAUUCCACAACUUCUGACAAAACCAUCCAGAGGAGAUGCUGCUGUUGAUCCUGGUAGCUUAGUCUCUGCAAAUGGCCCGAUACCUGAAGGCCAGCCGACAGAGAGACGUGAAGCCCGGAUUGAAGAACUCCUUGGCACUACUCUUGAUGAUAAUGACAAUGAUGACGCACAUGAUCAUGAAAAUACAGAACGACCUUCGCUACCGGAUAUUGACCAUAUUACCAUGAAGGGACCACGUGAGAAAGGAAUGAUCGGCGAUGAUAAGACCCCAACCCCUACAGACGGCGAUACGCCUUUAUCCCCUAAAACUCGCGGCCGGUCCCGCAAAAAUUUGCGGAAGUGGACUGAGGAAGAGACGACUGAUUUACUUCGAGGAGUCGUCAAGUGUGGCAUUGGCAAUUGGACAACCAUUCUGGCGCAGCCCGAACUUAAGUUCAACAAAAGGACCGCUUCCAAUUUGAAAGAUAGAUUCCGAGUCUGCUGCCCAUGGGCUUACCGUGCGUCCGAUCCGAAUGAAGCGACCAAGCAAUUGCGUGAUAGUCUCGCCAAUACCCUUCUCAAAGCCCAUGCCCAAGGCUCCAGUGAUUCCCUUGGCAAGGCACCGGGUAAGAUUCAGAUCCCGCCACGACCAACACUUACGCAAAUGGGGUCAGAGCGAAGCUCUGGGACAGCAAGCUCUGGGACAGCAAGCUCUGCCAACAGCUCGCAUAAGCCCUCCACUUCGAGUAGCAUGUCCUUAGCGACACCGGACACGGAUCCCGGGACUGUACGCAGCCAGUCGAUGUCAUCUUCAACACAGAGCACACCUCACUCGGAAACGUCCCAAACUACAUUGGAAUCACUGGGGUUGCCCGAAGCACACGUCACAACAAAGUCGAAGAGACGAUCCCGUCGUCCAUUCACUACUGCCGAAGACGAAGCCCUUUUGAGAGGCUAUGCCGUACACGGGUUCCAAUGGACACUUAUCCAACAAGACAAGCAUCUCAAUCUAGGUCAUCGCAGAGCGACCGACCUUCGUGACCGGUUUCGCACCAAGUUUCCCCACGCUUAUCGUGACGGCGGUUCUGUCAGUGGGAAUUCACUUCCACUCAGACAGGGUCCACCUACCGGUACGCUUGGACCGGCGCCUCGUGAUCGUCUUUCCAGUGGCGAUUCAACCCCGACUAAAGUUCCUUCUAUGGCGCCCCGUUCCACGCAUAGCCGCAAUCCAUCCGGCGUGUCCCAUACUAACCUUGGUCCAGUUGAUCCCGCACUCCUUCCCCCUCCUCAGGGAUUCCUCGAGCCCUCUGCUCCCAGUAUGCCUGCAGUGUCAGGUCUGCUGUCUUUCUCUUUGGAUGAGAACAACGCAGGGCCGUCUUCGCCGUGGGAGGAUAACACACUUGCUCCCAUGGUCUGGGAUGACCUAGGCUGA